AUUUAGAGACACAGAUCAUGUGAAAACUGUGCGCGCGACCAAACCGCAGCACGAACUGAUCAUUUUUCGAAUUAGCGCUCAGCGAUCGGAAAUAAUGGAGAAAAUCGUGGUGGUGGUGGAAGACGUCGACGUCGCCAGAACCGCUCUCCACUGGGCGCUGCACAACCUCCUCCGCUACGGCGACGUCGUCACGCUCCUCCACGUCUAUUCCUCCGCUAAGUCCAAGAGCAAAAAGAAGCUCCGCCGCCUCCGCCUCAAUGGCUUCCAAUUAGCUCUAUCCUUCACCGACAUCUGCCAGGCCUUCCCCAACACGAAGACGGAGAUUGUCGUGACGGAAGGCGACCAGGAAGGACGGAGGAUUGCGGCGGUGGUGAGAGAGAUCGGCGCCUCCACGCUUGUGCUAGGGCUACACGAUCGGAGCUUCCUCUACCGGUUGAUAAUGGGACAAAACACCUCCAUCAAUAAUUUGAAGUGCAAGGUUCUUGCCAUCAAGGAUCCAACAACUGGUCUGACUUCAAGAACCAUUUCGAUACAAGGUUCUUCCAGCCAAUUGGACUUUUCACAAAUUGAAAUAUCUACACUUAGUUUACCCGAGUUCCAUCCACAAAAAGUUCCAUAUAAAAUAUGUCCAGACCCAAAUGCAAUUAUUUGGAGAUCAAGACCAGCAAGAAUAGCGAGAACUUCAUGAAACCAGGUAUACUACAUACUUUUUUUUUAACUGUUUCACAAAUACAUAUGUAUACAUGUGUUGCACAUAUAUUAUAUGAAAAAAAAAAAAAGGAAAAAUGAGAUACAAA